AUGUCAGGAAAACGUUUCAAUCCCUUGGAAAACCCUCCGGCGGCUUCUUCAAGCGACGAGGACGACUUUGUGGAGACUUCAAUCGGAGAAGGGGACGAGGUCGUAGAAAGCUCGUCGGAAGAAGAAGAUGAUGAUGCGUCCUCCGGAAAUCCAUCCGUGAAGAAGCCAGUGGAGAAGAAUCAAGUUUCCGAUUCCGAAUCUGGGUCGGAUGAAGAAACCGACUCCGACAACGAAACCGAGAGAAAAGCUCCGGUUAAGAAUCCAGCAUCCUCCGCUGUGAAAUCUGUCGCCGUAACCAAGGAUUCGGCGGCUGCGAAGAGCCAAGAUUCCAAAAAGGUUAAAUCUUCUUCAAAAUCUGCGACUAAGAAGCGUCCUAGCGAGACUGAUGUAGCAGACGCAAAGAGGGUCAAGAGGGUUUCGGGAGAAGACGAGAAAAAGAGCGGUGAAGAAGAAGAGACGAAGAAAACCCCUUUUACGCGAGUUUGGACUGAAGACGACGAGAUCACUGUUUUGCAAGGCUUUAUCGAUUACGAAGCCGAUGCCGGAGCAAGUCCUUUUGUCAACUCUACUGCGUUUUAUGAAUCGGUGAAGAAAUCUAUCAGCUUUGAUGUUAAAAAGACUCAGGUAAUGGAGAAAGUCAGGGGCUUGAAGAAGAAGUUUGAGAACAAUCGUUCCAAAGGGAAGGACGGAGAGGAUCCGAAAUUUGCGAAGCCUCACGACCGCAAGGCCUUUGAUCUGUCCAAGAUCAUUUGGGGAGAUAAUGGUUUGUUUCCUGAAUCAGCCAUGAAGUCUAACGGGAAGUCGAAGAAGAGCAGUAAGCCUUCGAAGGAAGAGCUGAUCUCUUCUCUGCUCAAUGGUAAAAGCUGUGAAGAUGAGGUUGCUGCUAACAUAGGAGAAGAAUUGGUUGCUUUUGCGAAGCCUGUUCUUGUGACGUCGCUAGCGCGUUUCGGUGGUGUGGAUGAUCUUGCUGCUCAGCAAGGAUGGAGUAGGCUUGCCUCUGAGGACAAGAAGAGGUUCGAGGAGGAGUGGAAACAGUUGCAGCUUAAAGAGUUUGAGUUCUAUUCGCAGAGGAGUGGUUUCUUUCAUGGACUUGUUACCAAGAUGGCUGAAACAUUUCGACCAAGCACUUAG